GUCGUCUUCGACUUUCUUCUGUGCUGCUCCAGACAACUUGUAUCGCUAGCUCUAUCUUCUUGGCAGCGUAGUCUGCGAUGGCGUCGUCUGUGUUCUAUAGGUUCCGGUCCCAGAAGGACGAGUCGCGGGUUACCUUCGACGGUACUGGGAUAUCUGUCUUCGACCUGAAGAAGGAGAUCAUAUUAGCAAACAAUCUCAGCAAAGCAAAUGACUUUGACUUGGUUGUCUUGGACAAUGCCAGUGAAGAGUACAGGGAUGAUUCGCAAGUCAUCCCCCGUUCAUCCUCAGUCAUUGUGAAGCGUGUGCCUGCUCGCCCUGGCAGAGGUUCAGCCCAACGGUAUCUAGCCACCAGCGGUGCGACGGGCAACUCGGACGGAAUGUCCAAGGCUUCUGGUGCUCCAGGCGGCGGAAACUGGGGUCGACCGGGUGGACAUCUGUCGAAACGCUUCGAUCAUAACAACCCAAGGGAUCAGAAAGAGGAGCCUAAGCCUGCCGAGAGGCCACCCCCACCUGCACCUAUGAACAUCAACAACCCAGAUGACGAGGCCGCCGCUAUGGCCGCCAUGUUCGAGGCCCAAACGGCGAACUGGGAGGAAGCCCAGGAAAAGAUGUCCCAUGCCACACGAAUCUACAACAGUAACAACCCGCGCGGCACUCCGCGAGGAGGCAAACCGUUCCAGCCGUCACACCACCACUCUGACCGCCCAUUACCGCCGAGUUAUGUUUGUUACCGAUGUGGGCAGAAAGGUCAUUGGAUCCAAGACUGCCCGACGAACAACGACCGCGAAUUCGACCACAGGCCACGGAUCAAGCGCACAACUGGUAUCCCGCGUAGCUUCCUCAAGGCAGUCGAUAAUCCCACCACGGGCCAGCUGGGCGCAGGAGUCAUGGUCACGCCCGAGGGUGGCUACGUCGUAGCUCAGCCCGACUCCGCAUCAUGGCAAAAGCAAGUCUCGCGGCACAAAGGGCUCACCGAAGCCGACAUCCGCGAACGCCCGCCCUCCGACCCCUCGCUCGCAUGCCAGAUCGACGGCAAGCUGCUCCGCGACGCGGUGAAGACGCCCUGCUGCGGGACGCUCUUCUGCGAGGAGUGCGUGCAGACGCACCUGCUCGAGCGCGACUUUUUGUGCCCGAACUGCGCGCGCAAGAUCCCGAGCCUGGACAAGCUCGUCGUCGACAAGCCGACGCGCGCGCGCGUGCACGACUUCAUCGACGCCGAGGUCGAGCGUAGUCGCCAGGAGGCGGAGCGCCAGGACCGGGCGGCGCUCGAGGGCGCGGAGGCGGCGGCGAAGGCGGGUGCGCAGGCUGACGGGGCUGCCGAGGGUGACAAGAGCACGUCCGGUAAGGCAGCCGACAGCAUGACCACAGAGAGCGGUGGCGCCGAAGGGGGGGAGUUCUACAACGACCAGAUGGACGUCGCGCAAGUUCUCGCACAGAGCAUCCCGCAACUGCAGGCACAGAUCUCGCAGCUGCAGGGCAUGCUCAACAACACCGCGCUGCCCCAGCAGGUCCGCCAGCAGGCGCAGCUCAAGCACCAGCAGCUGCAGAUGGAGCUCCAGCAGGCGCAGGCCGUCGCCGCCAUGGCCGCCGCGUCGUCGUACCCCGGCAUGCCCGGGGUCGGGCAGAUGAACGCGGGCAUGGGCGGCGGUAUGGGCGG